UGUCUCGUCGGUCUAAGAAGUGUGUCUUGUGUACCACUAUCGAAAGUUUCGUCGGCAAAGGUCGUUUCGUCGGUGAAGUAAGUGUCGCUAUAAUACACGACUCAUAGAAGUGCGCUGAAUGUAAGUUGUUCGCAAUCGACGCAUCUGAAUUUUGAACUUACAAUGACCCCAAAAAAGAUACAACUAGAGUUUCCGGCAAUCAAAGGUUUUUUUUGAAACUAAGUUGAACUACAGAGCUAGUUUCACAACUGAAGCUUCCUCUACAUAAUUCAUGACACCUCGCACAGCGACUUUCAACACACGAAGCAAAUAAGUAAACUCAAACUCUUUAUUGUAGAGAACAUCUCAAAAACAUAACCGCUACUCAAAAAGAGCAUAGUAGAGCAGCAUGCCGAACGUGGCGAGUCGCGCUUUCUCACGGCUCGCCAUGAGAUGGCACUGUGGGUCGCUUGUAAGGCGGUUUUUUUUCGGCGAUUCUUCCUCAGACACAAAUGCGAGAGUACCUGUUCUCGUCGCCGCACCUCCACCCGGAGGACAAGAGGUCCGUCAACAAGCAGACCCUCUGGUCCGUCAACAAGCAGACCCUCUGGUCGACGUCCUUCGGCAGUUUCCAGGUCAAGCAGUGUGGUUUAUCAAGGUGGCGAUGGUCUUUGGUUCGGUUGCUGGACUAUUUGUGGCCAUACCUUGUGCGCUUUUUCUAUUGGUGCAUUGGGAUCGAUGUAGAAGGUGUAACCGGCCGCUUCAUGCUUGGCUGCUAGUGCACACGAUUUUGCUCCUUUUGCAGACACCGGUAUUUUAAUUCUUUGCCGUGAGGAGGAAAAUACCAGUUUCGUCAACAUAUCAUGCGUAUUUACAGUUGUUUGGUGACAUUCAUUGUUUGGUGGACAUUCAUUGCUUGGCUGCUCGUGCACACGAUGUCAUUUAUAUUUAUCACCAACAAAACCCAGGUCCGUCUGGUUUUCUGGUGGAGUGUUGUACGGGAAGAGAGACGUGGGCAACCGCAGGUAGAAAACGUCGUUCAGCGUUUGACCUCUGCGCCAGCCUGGAGACUUAUUAAGGGUUUCGACAUUGCAUUCUUCGUGUUCGUCCACCAUCCUUCACUCGUUUUCCAGUAGGAAAAGGGUCAAGGAUGUUCUGAAGAAUGCAACUUCCGAAGAACCUCUAAACUUAGCAAGGUGAUAUCAGUCUGCGUCUAUAUUUGGUUCGUCCUAGGCCUCGUGUGGAUCCUUAACAGCGAGCACUGUGCCGAUUGUCCCGGUUUGUAUCGCUUAUGGCAUGAGGGUUUAUAAUUCGGUCUGUAGUAAAUAGAAAAAAAUGGACUAUGCUGAUGAAGAACGAAGUAGACAUUAUAAAGUUCUCCUCCUUUCUGUUUCUAUCUUCGAUUGAGAUCAUGAUUUUUUCCUUAUUACUACCAUUUCGUAAUACAUUCAGAAGCCCAAAGUCCAUCUGUACUACCACCUCGAAGUGCGUGUAGUAGAAGUCCAAGUGACAACUAAACCCCUUGCUGGGAUACAUCAAUCAUCAUGAAUAGAGGUCACGGCUUACAUCAUCAUUUCUCCUUCCUUACUCCCACGGAUCUGAAGGAGAAAUGAUGAUGUAAGCCGUGACCUCAAUUCAUGAGCAUCAUUUCUCCUUCCUUACUCCCUCAGCCUUUUUCUCCCACGGACCACUGCUUUUCAUCUCCUUCCUCACUCCCACGGACCACUUCAUCACCUCUCCUUCCUUACUCCCACGGACCACUGCUUUUCAUACUCGCUCGUGAUCGCAGUGAUUCUGCUGGCGAUCAUCCGACUGCUGGUGACCCUAGUCUGCUUCUACCACUGCUUUCCGAUAAGACCCCGUCUCCUCCAGCUGAUGGAGCCAAGAGUCUGGGGACCUCGUGGAGCGACCCGAGAGCAGCUCGCACGGCUCGGUUCGUGGACGUAUAGCAGGAAGAGAAAGACAGAGAGGACAAACUUAGUUUUACUAGGUAGCGAUGUUGCGGUUACCCAUGGAGGUCACGUUGGGACUACAACAACUACUUACGGAGCAAUUCCCCAUGAAGAAGAUAGAAAUAAGAGUAGUACCACUUCUUCCGGAGUCGUGGCAGAGGAGAAGAAGAUAGAGCUAGCAUCGUUGGAAAAAGACAACGACGAAAGUGACUCGCAAAGUGAAGACCAUCCUUCUACACCAGUGUCUUCUGCUAGCGAUGCUUCAGCGGAUGGCCUGCACCAAAGAAGAGUGGCACAGCAAGGCUCUUCGAAAAGCUCGACGGAAGAUCACCACGAGAGACGGGAAGCAAAAGCUGGCUCUUCGUUUUCUCACGAGGGGAUACAUCUCCAAGAUGUAACGUCAACAGGUCCUGGCUCUUCGUCUUCUCCCGAUCGGAUACAUCUCCAAGAAGAUGUAACAUCAACGCCAAGUGCUGUCUCAUCCUCUCCACUAACUGCGGAAGACGACCCUCUCAGCGACACGGAUGAGCCAAAUUGUGCCGUUUGUCUAGCAGAAUUUGUACCUCUAUGCUGCCACUUUCUGCAUAAUAUGUCCCUCCUAUUAUAGUAUUCCCACUAUGUUGUCUUGAAAGACAGUAUAUCUCAUACACUCACUGGACCAGUCCCCUUUGUUCAUACACUCACUAGAUGACAUAUACACUCUCAUGAACUUCUAAUCGUCUUUUUCCUCUCCGUAAGCCUAUCUAUUUCAAUUUCAAUUGCUAACCCUAUCUAUUUCAAUUUCAAUUGCAACCCAAUCUAUUUCAAUUGCUAACACCUCUUUUUAGCCUUUGUCUCCGUAAGCCUAUCUAUUUCAAUAGCAUUGCUAACUCUAUCUAUUUCAAUUUCAAUUGCAACCCAAUCUAUUUCAAUUGCUAACACCUCUUUUUAGCCUUUGUCUCCGUAAGCCUAUCUAUUUCAAUAGCAUUGCUAACUCUAUCUAUUUCAAUUUCAAUUGCAACCCAAUCUAUUUCAAUUGCUAACACCUCUUUUUAGCCUUUGUCUCCGUAAGCCUAUCUAUUUCAAUAGCAUUGCUAACCCUAUCUAUUUCAAUUUCAAUCAAUCUAACCCUCUCAAUUGCUAACACCUCUUUUUAGCCUUUGUCCCGUUUCAUACACUGGAGAGCUCUGCAGAACGCUGCCUUGUGGACACGAGUUUCAUCAGACUUGUAUUGACACGUGGCUGCUGAAGAACCGGAAGUGUCCGCUUUGUCUGCAAGAUAUCACUGUUGAGAAACGGGAGGUGCUGAAACGGGAGUGAACAAAGAGUAUGUGAACAAAGAGUACUUAAUAUGGAGGACUUCUAAAGAUGUGAGAGUAUGAUCUUUGCGUGAGAUCCAUCGUGUAUACCAUCUAUGACGCCCUUAAGGCAGUCUGCACUGAACUUCGUGCGAGGUUUUGACUUAGGCAGGUUUUGACUUAUCGGAACUCGCUUGCAAAAUACGCAGGUAGGUUUUGACUUAUCGGAACUCGCUCACGAUACAAAAAAAAAAGUGCGAGAUUAAUUGUAUUGUAUUGCAACUUCUGGAGAUCUUGCUACUUUUACUUAUACUAAUCAAAUAGUAGAGAUAUUAGUAGAUGAAGAAAUGAUCAUGGUGUGGCUAGGGUGGAGACGUCUUAGCUUUUCAAAUUUUUUUGAUGCUACUCUUGUAGGUGUCCUGCUUCUUGCAGUAGAGUCCAUCUAGAGCUGAUUACUAGAGCUAAUUGACUGUGACUCGCUUCCCCUUGCAAAAAUUAUAGUGUGGUAUAGGAACUAGGCAACUUCUGCGCGACAGAAAAAAAAUAGAGAGCCCCAACAGAACUGUUUUAUUAACACCCCCCCUCCCCCAGUGACAUCCCCAUCAACUCCAUCACCCCUUGUUUGUAUUUGUUUACGAUUCCCUCACGCGGAUCUUGUUUUUACGCUUCAUCAUGGUAGAACCACAAAGCUUCUCGCUACUCGAACUAAGAGAAUAUAUUGGGUGAACUAAAUGAAUUCUUCUUUUGUUUUGUCCUUUUGCUGAUGCCUCGCGCGCAAUGAUUUAUGUCAUGCUGGUGUCCCACAGUGAUUCAUGUCAUGACGGUAGAUAUUUAUAGCCACACGUUCGCCUCUCGCCGAUGAGAUGUUACUGUUCAAGCGAAUUACGGAGGCUUUUUCUAGAAAACAAAGAUUGAUAGUCUGGCUUUUUCUCCGAACACCUUCCGAGCGCCUCAUGAUCCCUGUACUUUCCAUAUCGUUUAUUUGAACUGUUUUUUCCAACUCCUCCAGCGCAGUAAGAGUUAUCCGUCAUCCACCGACUCACACUACGAAGUUCAUCUACUUUACUCUAG